GUGGUGCUACUCCUAGCAAGACAACACGUAGCCACGGUUUCACAUUGCGCGGCGUGUGCUCGUGUGCGCGCUCACACCGGCUAUUGUGUUUUUAUCAACAAGGAGACCACCGUGGCCUUGCGGGUAACUGAGCUGGUCGGCUGAACCACAAGAGACUGCUAAACCAUGGCGGACGAACAAGAAAUAAUGUGCAAAUUAGAAAAUAUCUUGGAAAUACGGAACAAGACAGUCCAGAUGCAGAAGAUCAAGUCUCGUCUAAAGAUUGAGUUUGAGGCUCUGGAGUCUGAGGAGAAGCACCUGAAAGAGUACAAACAAGAGAUGGAUCUGCUUCUACAAGAGAAAAUGGCACAUGUAGAGGAGCUGCGGCUUAUCCAUGCAGAUAUCAAUGUGAUGGAGAGCACCAUCAAGCAGUCGGAGAAUGACCUGAAUAAGCUGCUAGAAACAACUCGCCGCCUGCACGAUGAGUACAAACCUCUGAAGGAGCAUGUUGAUGCCCUCAGGAUGACUUUAGGUCUACACAGACUCCCUAACCUGAAUGAAGAAGAGGAGAAGCUCUCUCUGGAUUACUUUGAGAAGCAGAAAGCGGAGUGGCAGAAGGAGCCGCAUGAGCCCACCAUCCCAGAAUCCCUUGCUGCCGCUGCAGCAGCAGCACAGCAGCUUCAGGUGUCCAGGAAGCAAGAUGCACGCCAGACAGCCACCUUCCGACAGCAACCCCCACCUAUGAAGGCUUGCCUGUCCUGCCACCAGCAGAUUCAUCGUAAUGCUCCCAUCUGCCCAUUGUGCAAGGCCAAGAGCCGCUCCCGCAACCCAAAGAAGCCCAAGAGGAAGCCAGAUGAGUAGAUCCUACUCUACCUUCAGCUUCAGUACGGUUUAAAGGGACCUGGUCCAAUACACUGAUCUAAGAUCAGCCAUGUACAUCACAAUAUAUGGCUGAAAUAACAGAUCUGUGCUUCAGGACAAUUUCAGUCUCUACUUUAACAAAUUGUCUUAGUACCUUUUUCAUAAACUGUCAACAAUUGAUUGAGGAUCUGGUGUCAUUCUGUUUGUUUUAUCAGUGCUUUGGAUGUGUUUAUAUGUAAUUGUAUGACUUUGAUAGUAGGUGUACUAGCCCCUAACCAUGUAACUGCAACAAUGCAAAAAGGAACUUGAUAAAAUGUCCAAAUAAUUUUGCCCAUGUUGCUAUCAUUUAUUGCCUUAGAAAUUGUAUUGUACUUUCUAUUUUUUUGCAAUGCAUGCGUGCUUCCAUGGCUGUCAGUUGUGUAUUUUUUGUGCCAAUAUAAAAAUUUAAUAGGUUUAAUUGCAAAGCUAAAUAAAACACAAUGUUGUUUUAAUGUUUACAGUGUUCAAGUGACCACAAACUGGAACAAAAAAGGCCAGACUCAUUUGCUCUGAAUAGUGUUGUGUUUAACUUUAAUACAGUGAGAAGAAAAUAAAUGGCUGUUUUGUA